UCUGAUGGUACCUGAGGCAGUUAGAUAUGGAGGGAUAAAGGCCUUGGAGAUGGGUGUCUGAGCAGCUGGGAUGCAGGUCUGGGGAUGAACAUGUUAAGAGAUAUAACACAAGAGUGAUGUCAUCGUGAAGGCAAGGUCAGCCUGGGCUCAAAACCCCAUCAAAAUAUUAAAAAAAAUUUUAAAUGGGGUGGGGGAGUUAUUAAAAAGACAGUUUGGAGUUCGGGUACACAGAGCCUGCAGGAGGUAGCAGAGCAGGGAGGGAGGUCUGCUGGGAAGCGCACAGAUAUUCAGCAAGUCAGAGUCCCACAUCCUUCGGGCCUGCAGCCAAGCUGCCCAGUCCCCCAGGGGAUCCAAGAAACAUGUGACACCAAAGCAGCCACUGGGCUUCCUGGGGAACGGACCCCUUCUGUCACAGCAGCUGCUGCUGCUGUUGCUGGUGACAUUUCACUGGGUCCUGGCUUCAAAGUCUCUGCAGGGACUGGGAAGGUGGGGGGUUGAAGUAUUGAGGCCAGUAUUGAGAGAGCCAGAGUGGGGUAGCCGAGGCUGGAGCAGGCAGCCGAGCCUGUUUGGGAGUCUUCAGCUGAGGUAGCUGAACGUGGGGGACCCAGGAGGAGCUGCAGAAGCUUGGAAGCUCAGGCUUGCAGAGCACUGCUCACCUCCCAGAUGUCCAGCAAGGUGGCCACUGGCAGUGACAUCGGACAGGCCCGCCGGGCAGUGGAGCAGCUGCGGAUGGAAGCAGGCAUCAACCGCAUAAAGGUGUCUAAGGCAGCCACAGACCUGCUGCAGUUCUGCACGGAGCAGGCCAAGAGCGACCCCUUCCUUGUGGGCAUCCCCGCUGCCACCAACCCCUUCAAGGAAAAGAAGCCCUGUGCUAUCCUAUGAACCCACGAUAAUGCUACCCCUAUGACCCUGGAUACCACAGGAAGGCCUCAAUAAACAUGACUGCUCCUGUGUUACAACUUGUGUGUGCUGCUGUGGGAGGCUUGGGGGUACCACAGCUUUUGGGGAUCAGUGCACACCUCUCAGGCUUCCUUCUAUGCCCAUGUCCACAGUCACAGCCAUACAUACCUGCGUGCCUAGAGCCCUGCAUGAAGAGACCUGCACUGUGGCCCUGUGCCACAUACCUACAGGGUGACGGGGUAGGUGUCUGUCUGCUUCCUCCACACAGACCUAUCCUGGGAAUUUGAGUCAGAGUCUACAUGCCACACAGCCCACACUCACCUCACUAAGCUAUGUCAGACCAAGUGUCCGUGGUCCUCGAGUGCAUA